CCUCGUCUCCUGUCUCGUGCGACCUCCCGACUUCCGUCCAGCGAAAGAAAUCGCUCUCUUUUCUGCCGUCCCGCUCUCUUCCUUGUUUCCUCAUCGGCCCACUCCCAGCCUCCCUUCUCUCCUCUCCUUUACUUGUCUCCUCCAAUCACCCCCUUCGCCGCCGCCCGUUGUGACGCACGAGGGAACCUCCCUCGUCUCACGAUCCAAUCUCACCUUCUUUGUCGUUUUUGGCUUCGGGAUCCGAUCGAUAGAUGUCGUAGCGUCCGGAAGGGGGCUUUUAAGAUCCAAUAGCUGGAAAGCCCCUGGAUCUCUGCUGUCUUGUCCUUGAUCUAAACUGCAUUGGUGGGGGUCUUUUGCGAUGGAUCGGAUCGGUUCUGGUACGGCUUCGGAAGGGGCUCUGAGGUCCUAAAAUGUGGCAACCAAUCUCAAUUUUCAGUCUUUCAUGCUGAGCUACACCUAUGACUGGAGUUCCUUUACCUGUCUCUACUAGCCCUAUUCUUCGUCGUGCUUCCAGCAAACCUGUUUUCUCUGACCAAAGUAGAUGAAUACUGUACUUCAAUUCACCGAUCUGGUGAAUUAGGAAUCAAUAACGAUGAAGGCUUUCUGUUUCCAGCAGAGGUAAAUGAGAUGAAGGGUGGAAGUAUACCAAUGCAUGGUGCUGCAAUAAUGCCAUCGCCAGUCCUCUUAUGGAGAUUCAAGGUAUUAUUGUUUCUUGUAUGGGGUAUCAGCUGUUGCAAGAUUGGUUGGGACUCUGUCAUGAGAAUGAGUGUGGAUCUUCGGGAUUUAUUUCUUUAUGAGGCUUUUUUGUAUUAUAAUCCUCUUCUUCUUGUGACAUUGAUGGUUUGGCUUUGGGGAGUUAACCUAUGGGUUUUUGCUCAAUCAUCAGUAAGCUAUGCAAAAGUAUUUGAUCUUGAUCAUACCCAUCUUACACACUGGGAGAUAUGGAAGUGUGCUACUUGGAUGACCAUCAUAGUGCCCACAAGUAUGACAGCUUAUCUUUAUCUCUACUCACAUGGAGAAGUGUCACUGGCUGCAUCACAACCAGUUAUGCUAUAUGCUGUUAUGCUGAUGCUUCUCAUAUUUCCAUUUGAUAUUUUUUAUUUGUCAUCUCGCUACUACUUGUUAAGGACGCUUUGGCGUAUAAUACUUCCAUUACAGGCGAUCACAUUUUCUGAUUUUUUCUUGGCUGAUAUUUUAACAUCAAUGUCCAAGGUAUUCUCAGAUUUGGAGCGUUCAGCUUGUCGGAUGGUUAACCGACAGGUUGCAACAAUUGCUUGGUUUGAGGCUGAUUCUAUUUGCGGUGGCCACUCUGUUGCUAUUCCUUUAGUGCUUGUCUUCCCAUAUCUGUGCCGUUUUUUCCAAUGUCUGCGUCAGUACAAGGACACUAAAGAAAAGACAUCCCUUUUAAAUGCUUUAAAAUACUCAACCGCAGUCCCAGUAAUAUUUCUUUCAGCCCUUAAGUAUCAUGUCUUCCCUGACAAGUGGACCAACUUUUACCGCCCUCUCUGGCUUCUUUCUAGUGUCAUAAAUUCAUUGUAUUCGUUCUAUUGGGAUAUUGCCCGUGAUUGGGAUCUGAGUGUUUUUACCAGAAUUUUCAAGUUUAAAGCUCCACAUCUUUGCACAAGCCUUCUAUACGGGCGGAUAUGGGUGUUCUACUGGGUAAUAGGAAGCAACUUAAUUCUUCGAUGCACGUGGACGUACAAACUUUCUGCUCAUCUUCGGCAUAACUAUCUGACCGUCUUCACAAUAACAGCUCUGGAGAUAUCGCGACGAUUUCAGUGGAUUUUCUUUCGUGUGGAGAAUGAGUGGAACAAGAUGACUGCGAAGCAAAAUAUCGAACUCUCCACUGAGGAUGUUCCAAAGGAGGAAGACAGACUUCUGGGUCCUGCGAGCCACAGCGUGUAAACCGUAAAGCAAAGCAGUUUCACAUUUCUUAUUCCCAUUGUUUUUAAAUUUUUUUUGAAAGGAAAAAUCCUGUGGUCCUUAUGGUUCUCCAUUAUUGUUUUAUUUCAUUUCAUGUGACUGUCCUAAAAUCUCAUUUUUUAAAAACUGGAGAACAUACUGGUCCAUCUUAUAUGAGGUAAAUGGCUUUUGGUGAUGUCUUAGGAGAUUACUAUUCUUUCAAUAUAGCAUAUAUUCUGGUCCAAUUUUAUACGCUUAAA